AUGGCAACUGAAUUUAGUAAACCAAACAUUUCAGACAAAGAUACUAAUACAAUAAACACCAAAAAUUGUUCGUAUUGCAAUAAACCUUUUGCUGAAAAAUUAUGGUGUAAAGAAUGUAUUAAUUCUUUAGAAAAAUUAGCAGAAAAUGGUGAUAAAGAAGCAAUGUUUAAUUUAGCUAACUGCUACAAAAAUGGAGAAGGAACAGAAAAGAAUUUAGAAAAAGCCUUUCAUUGGAAUCAAAAAGCAGCAGAAAAUGGUUAUGAUAAGGCAAUGUUUAAUUUAGCCUUAUGUUACGAAGAUGGAGAAGGAACAGAAAAAAAUUUAGAAAAAGCAUUGCAUUGGUAUCAGAAAGCAGCAGAAAAUGGUGUUAAAGAAGCAAUGUUUAAUUUAGCCAGUUAUUAUGAAAAUGGAAAAGGAACAGGAAAAAAUCUAGUAAAAGCCUUUAAUUGGUAUCAGAAAGCAGCAGAAAAAGGUGAUGAAAAAGCAAUGUAUAGUACAGCAUUAUGUUAUGGAGAUGGAGAAGGAACAGAAAAAAAUCUAAUAAAAGCCUUUAAUUGGUAUCAGAAAGCAGCAGAAAAAGGCCAUGCUGAUGCAAUAUAUAAUUUAGCCAUAUAUUAUCAUAGUGGAAAAGGAACAGAAAAGAAUUUAGAAAAAACCUUUCAUUGGAGUCAGAAAGCAGCAGAAAAAGGCCAUGCUAAAGCAAUGUGUAAUAUAGCCAGUUGCUAUUAUUUUGGAGUGGGAACAGAAAAGAAUUUAGAAAAAGCUUUUUAUUGGUGUCAAAAAGCCACAGAAAAUGGUAAUAGAAAAGCAAUGUAUGAUUUAGCCUCAUGCUAUGAAAAUGGAAAAGGAGCCGAAAAGAAUUUAGAAAAAGCCUUUUAUUGGUAUCAAAAAGCUGCAGAAAAUGAUGUUAAAGGAGCAAUUAUUAAAUUGGCCAAAUUUUAUGAAUUUGGAGAAGGAACAGAAAAGAAUCUAGAAAAAGCUUUUUAUUGGUAUCGGGAAGCAGCAGAAAAUGGUGAUAAAGAAGCAAUGUAUAAUUUAGCCAUAUAUUAUGAAAAUGGAGAAGGAACAGAAAAAAAUUUAGAAGCAGCCUUUUAUUGGCAUCAAAAAGUACUAUCAGUAAGUAAUAAAGUAUGUGCUAAAGAUGAAGAUGAGAUAUGCAGUAAAUGCAAAAAACCACAUAUUUAUUACCCAUGGCACCAACAAUGUAAUGAAUGUAAACAACCAUAUAUUGAUUAUCAGUGGUGCCAACAAUGUAAUAUUAGACGAUUUCAACAAGAUUUUUCAAAGUGGACAAGCAAAAAUGAAUUUAUUGAUAAAUUUAUUCAGGAAGCACAACUAAAUGCAAAAAAUUGUUAUGAAGUUUUAGAGUGGAUACCUUAUAAUAAAUUGUCAAGUAUUAAUUAUCAUGAUAAAGGAGGAUUUAGUGAAAUUCAUAAAGCUAUCUGGUCAGUUGGACCCAUUUUUAGUUGGAAUUGUGACAAACAACAAUGGAAUAGACAGACGGAUCAUGAAGUUAUUCUUAAAAUACUUGAUAAUUCAUCAAGUUUAAAUAAUAAAUUUCUAGAUGAGUGGAAAUAUCAUUAUAUUUGUCAGAAAAAAUCAUUUUCAAAAUUUAUUCAAUUCUUUGGUUUCACUCAAGAUCCAAAUAAUUUAAAUUAUAUGAUAGUAAUGAGUUAUGCAAAAAAAGGAAAUUUGAGAAAAUGUUUAUCUGACAUAAUUAAAUUUAAGUGGCAAGACAAGUUACAAAUAUUGAAAAAAAUUAUAUUAGGACUUAAAGUAAUUCAUGAAUCAAAUUUAACUCAUGGCGACUUUCAUGAUGGAAAUAUUUUAAUGUCAGAUAAUUACAAUGAGUCAUUUAUUAUUGAUUUAGGAUUAUGUAAACCUAUAAGCGAUUUACAAGAUUCUGGUAAUAGCAGUAUUAAUGAAAUUUAUGGAGUUUUACCUUAUAUGGCGCCUGAAAUAUUAAGAAAUAGACCCUAUACUCCAGAAAGUGAUAUUUAUAGUUUUUCAAUGAUGAUGUGGGAAUUUACAUCAGGCAUUCCUCCAUUUAAUGAUGAAGCACAUGAUCACCAUCUUAUCUUGAGUAUUUGUAAAGAUGAACGUCCUGAAAUUAUUGAAAAUAUUCCAAAAUGUUAUACAGAUUUAAUGAAAAAAUGUUGGGAUUCAAAUCCUUCUAAUAGACCAACUAUAAUAAUGCUUGAAAAUAUUAUAACUGAAUGGAUUAGAUGCAUUAAUGAAUUUUAUGAAACAAACAGAGAUGGAAAUUAUAAUUAUAGAGUACCUGGUAUUUCUAAUCACUUAAAAAAUGAUAUAUUCGAAUUUGUGAAAGCAGCUUUAGUACAAGAACAAGCAAAUACUUCUAUUAUCCAGUUUCAUCCACAAGCAUAUUAUAUAAGUCGCAAUGUUACUAAAGAAAUAGAAAAGUCUAAGAAUGUUAGUGAAAGAGUUGUUCAAGAAAAUUCUGACUUGCUGGAUUGUAUAAUUAAUAUUUAA